AUGAACAAAACACCCGGCUACACAACAUACCAAUUUCCUCAUAACCGUCAUGUAAAGGCUAGCAUUCUGAUUAAAGAAGGUCUUGGCAGCUGCCUCGGGAUUUCAAAAUAUUCAACGCCAAAUUUAUGUAUAGUACAGCUCAUCACUUCUGGGAAAAGAAUAUUUCUAACUAGCAUUUACGUAGAGCCUAAAGACGAUGAAAAUGAAACAUUGAACCACUUGGAACAAUUUAUAAUUGAAACAGGAGACGCCAUUCAUAUUAUCGCGGGAGACCUAAAUGGCUGGCACCAACUUUGGGGAUCUCCCACAGCGAAUAAAAGAGGUAAAGAAAUAGUUGAUAUUAUUAUUCCUCACAAUCUUACCAUCAAUAAUACUGGCACAGAUCAUACAUAUGAAACUACAGCGGAUGGAAUUCUACGUGGUUCCAUCGUUGAUCUCACCAUAACUUCAUCCUCAAUCUCGAAUCAUAUUAUUAAUUGGCAAAUAGAUAAUUCUAUAUGUCCCUCCUCUGAUCACCAUGGUAUCAAAUUUGAAUAUUUCCUUAAUAAAAAUCAUAUCCGUCAGAAUAAGAAAAAAUCGACUUACCAAUAUAAUACUAAUAAUUUUAAGCAAUGGGGAAAACUAAGCGAAGCCUUUACCAGAGAAAUUGAACUGACCCAACUUAACAAAAUUGACAUCCUAUCCUUAGAUCCAAAUAACUUACUACACUUUAUUGAUGAAAUAACCGCGUUUAUUCACAAAAUUUGUAAAAAGGAUCUUCCCCACUCUUCUAUUCGUCCUGAGCGCCCUUCUUGGUGGACCGAAGACUUAGAAAAAUUAAAAAGAAAAGUUCUUGACAACCAUCACCUGCUUCAAAAACUUAGUCGAAAACGUCUUCCAAUGAACGAAGCAAUUACAAACAAGACCCAACUCCGAAAGGAAUACGCCGAAGCAAUCAGAAAGGCCUCAACUGGAAACUUCCGUGAAUUCUGCAACAAACAAGCACUGGCAAGGCUGACUCCUAUACACAUUAAAAUUAAUGAACUGGCAAUCAUCGAAACAACGAAACUAACAGGCACAAGCAAAUAUCUUCCAACAGACAUUAGUUUAGACACACCAUCGAAACCAGAAGAACGAUUACAUCCAUCUCGUCGCAAAAUUAUCCAUUACCAAGAAGCCAAUAACGCUCAAGAAGUCAAUCAGAUUCUCCUCGAAAACACUCAUCACAUCUACACAGAUGGUAGUAGACACGACGAAAAGGUUUGGGGGAGCUUUUUGUUGUAUAUUGCCCCAAUGGUAAAAUUAUAA